AUGAAACACUCACUGCGACCAAAUCGAUUGCAGAGCUUGACGUGUCUUGCUCUCCUCAGCAUCCUUGCCAUUUAUACGUCAGGUUAUUAUCUCACCGAUAUUGCGCGACAUGGCCGAGCAAGUUUCAACGGCGCCCUGGGGUCAUAUCGACAACGGGGAAUGAAACCAGCCGGCCCUAUUGUUCCGGGUGUGGUCAAGCCUGGAAAGACUUAUACUCGCACCCUUGUUAUAGCGAGUGUCCAGAAGGAAAACACAACUUGGGUCGACGAGCUACAACGAGAAGAUCCAACCCUACAGACGGCCGUUUAUGUUGUCAACAACUCCAGUGCUCCACUCACUGUGAUGAAAAACAAGGGACACGAAGUGAUGGUCUAUUUGUCGUACAUCAUUGACCGAUAUUAUAACCUUACUGAUAUUUCCAUUUUUAUGCAUGCUCAUUUGACUACAUGGCAUAAUAAUGAUCUCUUGGAUUCGGAUUCUGCAAAGAUGGUCAAACGCCUUCGGAGCGAAAAAAUCAUUCGUGACGGCUAUAUGAACCUUCGUUGCCAUUCAGAGCCCGGUUGUCCUGACCAUAUCCAUCCAAUUGCCGGGGGUGAUGACCUCUCAAGCAUUCCUGAAGCAGCUGUGAUAGGGAACUCCCGGUUAGAGCUAUUCCCCGGUACCGACGUGCCUGAGGUGCUCUCACAACCAUGCUGCGCCCAGUUCGCAGUCAGUGCUGAUCGAAUCCGGCGAAUACCCCGGGAAACUUAUAUAUAUUAUCGAGACUGGAUUCUCGAAACCUCAUUAUCCGAUAGCUUGUCAGGACGAGUGUGGGAAUAUUUAUGGCAGUACGUCUUUGCAGGAGUUGCAGAAUUGUGUCCAGAGGACCAUGUUUGUUACUGCGAAGGAUACGGGAUAUGUUUCAAAGGGAAAGUCGAAUUCCAAUAUUUUUAUGAAAUACAGUCACUGGGACAGGAUAUCCAGAAGCAACUUAAUGCACUCAAGAGGGAUGACGGAACUGUGAUCCCGGGAUUCGAAAAGAAAGCCGAGGCUAUGCAGGCGAAAAUAAACAAAUUGGUGGCUGAGAUAGAGGAAAUCAAAUCGAGGGUUCUUAGGGAAUGA